CCAACUACCGCAGCCCCCGCCUCCUCUACCGCCCCCAUCACCCUCGUCGCCCCCGCCCCCGAUGCCGUCUCUGCCCCCGCUCCCGCCCCCGACGCCAUUUCGAUGGCGUGCAUCAUACCGACCGACGCACAGAGGUCGACGUACUCGGCGCUCGAAGGCGCCGUGAGACCCUUCACGGGCCCUUGGGCGGUCAUGGCGCGCACGAUCGCCGCGGCGCGCCUCGACCCGCGGUGGGAUCCGUCCGUCUGGCGGAGGGAGACCAGGAAGCGCGAGGCGGACGCGGAGGAGGCGCCGUCACCGAAGAGGGCGAGGAUGAAGGAAGAUCUCGAAGGGGCGACUGCCGGGGCGAACGUGGUGGGGGGCAAGAGGGAGAGUGAAGGGGAAGAGGGAGAGAUGAUGGAGAUGGAGAUUGGGACUGGUGCGGUGAGUGAGGGGAGCGGUGGGACUUGGUCCUCGGAGAGCGGGUUCAGGCCCAUACCUGCCCCGGGGCCGGUCGGGGCAGCUGGAGGGCUGCACCCUAGACUUGUGGCCGUACCACAGGUUGAUGGCAGCGCCCUCUACCAACACAACCAUACAUCAACAACGUCCACCCACAGGGUGGACAACCCCGCAGGUGAGUUCGUCAUCGAGCCUGUACCGCUGCCUAGCGGAGGGCCUUCUAUAUCACCAUCUGCGGGGGACCAGGAAGAGGCCAGAGAGCCUAUCGAGGACGGUGACGACGAAGACCAGCUCAGGCUCGGAGACGAGACCACCCUGAGUCAGCGCGAGGCCGCCGUCGUGAUCGACGAGAACAUCUACGGCGGGGACAUCAUGCGUUGCGUACCAUGCAACAAGACCUUCCGCCGUAAGUACGACCGCAGGCGACAUGUCGUCACCGUCCACUACCUCGGCAAGUUCCCCUGCGACUGGUGCGACAUGUACUUCUACACGCGCCGCGAUGGGAUCACUCGGCACAAGAAGGGGAACUGCCCAGCCAGGGACUUCGAGGAUCGGCACACGAAUCCAUGGAGGUGGUUCACAGCCUGGGUGAACGGACCUCGUCGUGGCGGUAGGCGGAGGUGGGGCACGGUAGGAUCGAAGAGGCGGAGGAGGCUGAGCUGA